AUGGCGUAUGGUGGCCUCGGGGUGCCCAUCACCAUCAUGAGCAUGUUCUGGGCAGUGGUUGGCAGUGUCCUGCCAUGGUUUGUGCCAAAGGGGCCUAACCAGAGUGUUAUCAACACAAUGUUGGUGAUAUGUGCUGUCUGCUGCUACCUCUUCCGGCUGAUUGCAAUCCUGGCUCAACUGAACCCUCUCUUCGGACCACAGUUAAAAAGUGAAGUAAUUAAAUAA